CAUAUGUUCUGUUCCCACUGCCUGGACUCUAUCCAGACCCAGUGGGCUCUCUCUACUGGGAGCUGAGCUGCCCUGCCAUGGCAAAGAACACAAAUAUGCGAUGGCGGCUGCCUCUCAUCUGCCUCCUCUGGGAGGUUGCUAUGAUUAUCCUUUUUGGGGUGUUUGUGCGCUUCACUCCAGAAGCCAGUGCACGCUGGGAGGAGGAGGAGAAGAAACAAAAUAACAUCACCAGCGACAUAGAGAAUGAUUUCUACUACAGGUAUCCAUCUUUCCAGGAUGUCCACGUGAUGAUCUUUAUUGGUUUCGGCUUCCUAAUGACAUUCCUUCAGCGCUAUGGCUUUGGAGCUGUUGGGUUCAACUUCCUCCUGGCCUCGUUUGGGAUCCAGUGGGCAAUCCUGAUGCAGGGCUGGUUCCAUUCUUUCAAGGAUGGAAAGAUACUCAUCGGAGUAGAAAACCUGAUCAAUGCAGAUUUCUGUGUGGGUUCUGUCUGCGUUGCCUUUGGGGCCAUCCUGGGCAAGAGCAGCCCCGUGCAGCUGCUCAUUAUGACUUUGUUUCAAGUGACUCUCUUUUCUGUGAACGAGUACAUCCUCCUCAACUUGCUUCACGUUAUAGAUGCUGGAGGAUCCAUGACCAUUCAUACCUUUGGGGCUUAUUUUGGGCUGACUGUCACCAGAAUUCUGUACCGACCCAACCUGGAACAGAGCAAAGACAAGCAGGGCUCUGUGUACCACUCAGACAUCUUCGCUAUGAUUGGUACCAUUUUCUUGUGGAUGUACUGGCCCAGUUUUAACUCAGCUGUGUCCAAUCAUGGGGAUGCACAGCACAGAGCUGCCAUUAACACCUACUGCUCCCUGGCAGCCUGUGUCCUCACCACAGUGGCCUUCUCCAGCAUGCUAGAGAAGAAAGGCAAGCUUGACAUGGUUCAUAUCCAGAAUGCAACACUGGCCGGUGGUGUAGCAGUGGGCACCAGUGCUGAGAUGAUGCUGCCUCCAUAUGGUUCCCUCAUCGUUGGAUUCAUCUGUGGCAUCGUGUCCACCGUCGGGUAUGUCUACCUCACGCCAUUCCUGGAGUCCAGGCUGCAUAUCCAGGACACCUGUGGCAUCCACAACCUGCAUGGCAUGCCAGGGAUUAUUGGGGGCAUUGUGGGAGCCAUCACUGCAGCUGCAGCCACUAAGAGUGUAUAUGGAUCAGAAGGGCUCGUCAAAACCUUUGACUUCACUGGUGACUACGCGAAUCGGACACCCAUGGUGCAAGGAGGGUACCAGGCAGCUGGCAUCUUUGUGUCUCUGGCCAUGGCCUUUGCUGGGGGGGCCAUUGUGGGGGGCAUCCUGAAACUGCCAAUCUGGGGAGACGCGGCAGAUGAGAACUGCUUUGAGGAUGACGUUUACUGGGAGGUGCCUGAGGAUGAGGAGAGCGGCUUAUACCACAUGCAUGAUCCCACCCUCAAGCCAGCAUCUCCCUAGCCUGCCUGGGAGAUGACUGACAAACACCUGACCCACCUCUCCCUCUGGGAUCCCUUCAGGUGUCAUAUGGACUCCUUGGUCUCCAGAGAGGUGAUGUGAUCGGCGGCUUCCUGGAAAGGGGGGUGCUGGCGGCAGCCCCAGCUCAAGGAAUACUCCAUGGGAGUCUCAAAGGGCUUCAUAUUUUUUUUACUUUGGUCCCAUCCUAGGUGGGAGAGUGUGGGAUAGGCCUGUUCACAUGGAGCAGUGCACUCGGCUAUUCUCAUGGCUUACCUGAGAGCAAGGAACCAGAGGUUUGAAACGGACGCUGGGUGCAUCUUUCUUAGCACUGGGGUCGGGGUGGAGGGCCAGGGGCAGCAAACAAGGGAGAUUUUAGCAGCAGAGGGUGUGUCUAUAUUGUGUGUCUGCUAGUUGGGAGCUGGCUGGCUCCCCUGCAUUUGAAGCUUUCCAGACUCACUCUGAACAGUUAGCCAGAUCCUGAGUCUCCACCGAUGCUGGCAGUGGGGUGUUAUGGAGGGAAGUGCUUAAUAAUGCUGGAUCUGAUUCGGGGCUAAGAGAAAGCCUUUCACUGCAGCUGGUGAGAAGGUGAUCAUCCUUUGCACAUACCUGGUGCUUUAUUAAUACACCAAUGCCCCUGAAGCUGGGGAAGCAGCAUAACCCCCAUUUUGCAGACAGCAAAAACUAAGAUACGUGAUGUGCUCCAAGGAUGCAAGUCCGGGUGCCUAGU